AAAUCGUUAAUGAGAUUUUUGUUUCUGUUUCGCCGGAAGUAAAAAAGUAAUGGCCGGAAAAGAAGAAGGUCCGGCGAUCGGGAUCGAUCUCGGAACAUCGUACUCCUGCGUCGGUGUUUGGCAGGAUGAUCAUGUAGAGAUCAUCGCAAAUGACCAAGGCAAUCGUACGACGCCGUCUUUCGUUGCUUUCACUGACGCCGAGCGUCUCAUUGGUGACUCCGCUAUGAAUCAGGCCGGAGAAAACGCUACAAACACUGUUUUCAAUGUGAAGCGCCUUAUCGGGAGGAGGAUUACUGAUCCCACUGUACAGAGUGACAUGAAAUUGUGGCCAUUUAAAGUUAUUACUGGACCUGAUGACAAGCCAAUGAUUGGCGUAAACUUUAAGGGUGAAGAGAAGAACUUUGCUCCUGAAGAAAUCUCAUCUAUGGUGCUUAUAAAGAUGAAGGAAAUUGCUGAGGCUUUCCUUGGAUCCACUGUAAAGAAUGCUGUGGUAUCCGUACCUGCAUACUUCAAUGACUCGCAACGUCAGGCUACUAAGGAUGCUGGUGUCAUUGCUGGUCUAAAUGUCACACGUAUUAUCAAUGAGCCUACGGCUGCUGCCAUUGCUUAUGGCCUGGAUAAAAAGGCUAGCAGUGUAGGUGAGAAGAAUGUGCUUAUCUUCGAUCUUGGUGGUGGUACUUUUGAUGUCUCCCUCCUCACUAUUCAAGAGGGAAUUUUUGAGGUCAAAUCUACAACUGGAGAUACUCAUCUUGGAGGAGAAGAUUUUGACCAGAAAUUGGUCGGUCAGUUUGUCCUGGAUUUCAAGAGAAAGCAUAGGAAGGACUUAACAAGUAAUCCUAAAUCUUUAAGAAGAUUGAGGACAGCUUGUGAGAGGGCAAAGAGAACUCUUUCUUCAGCCGAACAGGCAACUGUUGAAAUUGAUUCACUAUACGAAGGAAUUGACUUCAAAUCCAGCAUCACGCGUGCCAAAUUUGAGGAGUUGAACAUGGAACUCUUCAAGAAGUGUGUGGAUCCGAUUGAGAUAUGUUUGAGGGAUGCUAGAGUGGACAAGGACAGUGUCCAUGAAAUUGUUCUUGUUGGUGGAUCAACUAGAAUUCCCAAGGUGCAGGAGCUGUUGCAGAACUUCUUUAACGGGAAGGAGCUUUGCAAGAGCAUCAACCCCGACGAAGCUGUUGCUUAUGGAGCUGCUGUGCAAGCAGCCAUUCUUAGUGGAGAGGGCAAUGAGAAGGUUAAAGAUUUGCGCCUUUUGGAUAUCACCUCUUUAUCUGUAGGACUCGAAACUGCCAGAGGACUUAUGACCGUCCUGAUUCCAAGGAACACUACCAUUCCCGCAAAGAAAGAGAGGAUAUUCUCAAAUUAUUCUGAUAACCAAACUAGAGAGUUAAUUCAGGUUUACGAGGGAGAGAGAGCAAGGAUAAAAGACAACAACUUGUUGGGUAAAUUCGAGCUCUCUGGUCUACAUCCUGCACCAAAGGGUAUUCUUCAGAUAACUGCCCGCUUUGACAUUGAUGCCAAUGGCAUCUUAAAUGUUUCCGCCGAGGACAAGACGACCGGACAGAGGAAAAAAAUUACAAUUACGAAUGACAAAGGUAGGCUGUCGAAGGAAGAGAUUGAGAAGAUGGUCCAGGAUGCUGAGAAGUACAAGGCAGAUGAUAAAGAACACAAGAAAAAGUAGAGGGCGAGUUUCCAACUUGCAGAAGCUGAUGAGUUUGAGGAUAAGAUGGCAUAUGCAAUCCAUUAUUGCCAAGAGGUACCAAGGUGCACCUAUGGCUGGUGGUAGUGGUUAAGGUCCCAAGAUUGAGGAGAUGGAUUAAGUGAUAUAUAGAAUAUCUUUUUCUUUCUAUUAGUGUAGUUUAACAUAGGUAGGUGGGUAGGUUUAUUUGUUUUUUUUUUUAAUUUUUCAAACUGGUAAUGUUCAUUCUUCAUUCUUCUGCA